GCGCUGUCUCAUGCACUCGCACAGAAGCGCACAUUGCAUUGCGCUGGCGUACACAUUGUUAUUGUGUUAAUUGUCUACACUGAUGAAGUCAAACGUGUUGAACAGUAUGAGGAUAAACUGGCUGAAUGUCAUAUACCGAUGGACAUCACUGGAUUUUUAAAGUCUAACCCGUACAUUAAUACAGACCACCGCAGCUAUGUAAAUGCCUCGCGGCACUGGAGCGGUAUUGUCGCGCAGAGAAACACAAGGAUCUAAUUUAUCCGAAAUAAUGACGAUACAGCGGAUGUACAGAUUAUAACGCUACAAAAGGCAAGACUGAAAAAAGCAAAGAGGAUGAGGAUACCAUCACCAGGCUCUCUUUGCUCAGCCCCAGAUGCCUCCGCUCCCUCUUGACGAGCGUAUAGUGGUUAUUCAGCGCCCCAAAAGUUUGGCAUUGCGCGUGGCCUCCCCACCAGCCACAUCACAGUCUUCCUCCCACCGCCCAGCCAAUCGCAACGAGCCCCCACCCCGCUUACCACAACCCCAACUCCAACCACCCCGUUCCUAUCCAAGUUCCAACUACUUGUCUCUGGAAUGCAAUCGCAGGCAAUCGUCCCAUGUUCAGAGAGAUAAAGGAGAACGAGGGGCUCCCUUUGAGGGCGGCGGCCACAAUGCUAGCCAUUGUCACAGCAAUGGGAUUGUAACUUUAGGUCCCAGACCUCACAAGCACACUCAUACCAUUGAUAUUAAAGUGUCUUUAGACCAAGGUGGAAGAGGAGGAUCUUACAUAGACAAAGGCCGAAGUGGGAACAUCAAGGGGAACAGGACUAAACGGGUGUCCCUGCACUUGGAUUCAGGGCAAGGUGAAAGGAAAUGCAAAGGAAAGUCUUCCGAGUCAGUGGAGAAGCACCAGAACCAUCAUCAGAGUCAAAACAGGACUCAGCCCAGUAUCCAUCAUCCAAACCAACUUACAGUCUCUCCUGGAGGGAUCUUGGAAUUUGUACCUGCCCAAAAACAGCAGUCAAAAUCCAAGCCAACCAGAGAGAGAGAUUUGUCAUCAAAGUCUUGUUCUGCAACUGCCAACUACUCAUUGCACAGUGAGAGGGACGUGUCUUCUUUAGGAAACAAAGAAAACUCCAAACUGGGACCCGGCCACCAACUGCCCCAAGCCCACAGCCUAUCCCGUCACCACAGUUCAGCCCCAUUACCCCAUGCUGCCAUCCUAAGCCCUCACUACCCUGCUGUUCCACCCUCACUCCCUUCCCGAGCCCCUUCCUCCUACCAGCACAUUAACCAACCCCAUCCCUCUCGCACUAGAGAACAUCGUCCCCAAAUUCUUCACGCUUUGCCUCUCUCUCCUACUUCCUCCCGAGGAGGCUUCCCCAGUCCUGACCACACAUGUACUAUUGACUUUUCCCACCCUUGUGGCUGUUGGAGGUUGGUGCGCUGUAGAAGAGGUAGAGGUAACUCUGCUGGCUACCACGGUCGUGGUACAAGCUCAUCCUCUUCGUUUUCCCACACCCAAGGAACAAGUGCUGCCAACGGAGGUGGCGAAACCAUGGGAUUGAAGACUUUAGGAGGGUGUCUGUCAACUGCUUCCACCACCAACACCUCCUCUUCAAACAGCACUGUCUCUGACUGUCGAACAGGGCUGCUCAGACCUUUAGGUUGUGCAUCCUGUUCUGGAGAAGCUGGAGGUUUUGAGAGCCCUGCGGCUUUCCGUAAGAAGCUAGUUGGUGGUUGCUUACCCUGUACUCCCCUGUCCUCAUCCGCACCUCUUCGAGCACUCCAGAGUUGUGUCAGUGGGUGCAAUCCCAAAGCAAGCCAAACUGGCAGCUCCACAUGCAGCUACUGCAGUAGUGACCCUAUUGUAGUGACCUUUAACCCACACAGAGGGAAUCCUCCCAACAUGGGCCGUAACAUUGGAGCACACACCAUGGGAGGAUACCAGCCUGAUGAUGACGAUUACAGUGUACGCACAAUCUGGCCUGAGGAGUUAGCAAAGAAGAUGACUCGCUCUAAAACUCAACCUAUCCACCAUAAUGCAGGGAUUGGCAUGGGCUCAGGAAGGACUUGCAUGGGCCAAAACCAAAAUAGUGGCAAUAGCGGAAAUCCUGUAAUCCUUGACUGCCGGAACCUUAUGGAGUUCACUCGCUCCCAGUUGACAGAUCAGGCAGGGCGACGUAGGCUCCAGCAAGGCAAGAUGGCGGUUUUGGACUUUAUUGGAUCAGGGAAUAGUGGGGACCAGGGGAGAGAUUCCCUCAAGAGGCUAUGGAACAAAGGAGCUGAUGCUUGCAUGGGGGAUGGCAACGGGUUUGAUGACGAAGUGCUUCCACAAUCCCCAUCCCUACGAUCUCCUUCUCCAAAUUCCCCCCCAUCCUUCUCUCCCCCACCCUCUGCUCCUAGCACACUUAUUAAGCCCAAACCCAAACAGAGAGAGAGGGAAGGUGGACACACCUUACCCUCUGCACAGUCGCUCCACUUGGUCCUCAACUCACUCAACAGAGAACAAGAUGAGGAAAAUGGACGAGUGCACCUUUCCCUCCCUCUUUCCUCCUCCCUCCCAGCGUCACUGUCUGAGGAGAGUGUGAUGACCCCAGAUGUGGAGAAUGCUGUGAUCAGCCCAAUCCUCCCUUUCCUUUUUCUGGGUAAUGAGAGAGAUGCAGAGGAUUUGAAUCUACUGCUUCGUCUCAACAUUGGUUUCGUAGUCAAUGUCACAACCCAUCUUCCCCUCUACCACCUGGACACGGGCUUGGUGCGUUAUAAACGGCUCCCUGCUACUGACAACAGCAAGCAGAACCUGCGACAGUACUUUGAAGAGGUUUUUGAGUUUAUAGAGGAAGCGCACCAGUGUGGGCGAGGCGUUCUUGUACACUGCCAAGCAGGCGUGUCCCGCUCAGCGACUAUUGUCAUUGCUUACCUGAUGAAGCACACCCUCAUGACCAUGACAGAUGCCUAUAAGUAUGUGCGGGGUCGGCGACCAAUAGUCUCCCCCAACCUCAACUUCAUGGGCCAGCUGCUAGAGUUUGAGAGAGACCUCAACUCUGGGGUAACACCUCGCAUCCUCACCCCCAAAUUGAGUGGCCUGGAAACACAAGUUUAAAAGAGUGGACCAAGAAAGACAAAGAAAACAAGAGGGGAGAAAGAGAUAAAUAGAAGAUGGAAUUAAUGGAGAGAAAUGACUGGAUAGAAAAUGAGGGAAUGAUUAAAGCUGAGAUGAUAUAAAUAACCAGAAGAUAAAAGCAGUUUACAAGAAAUAGAGGAACAGAUUCUUUGGUCUAUUUUAAUUGAAGAACCUCCGCUCUUUUAAAUAUAAAUAGCACUUAUAUUAUUUGGCAAAUGGAUAUUUGACCUACCCACCCUGAUAUUCUGUUAAUGAUGUGCCAAGUUUUAAUUCAAAAUAACUGAUUAUUGUAUUACUAUUAUCAAGUUUGGUUCGAUACAAAAGUUAUAUAAGAUUAUUUGGGGGGAAACAAAUGCAAUCAAAGUACUCUAUGACUGUCAAGCACAGACAAGUAUUCAAUGUGUUGAGACUCUCAGAACUGUGACUUGCAUCACAUUCGAGACCCAAGAACUGUAGCAAACUUCAAACUCCUUUCCCACUGUGCACAGAACUUUUCUAGACAGAUUAUUUUUGAUUUGGGAGCUCAUUUGAAAGUGCUUUUUUGGGGUCCUUUUAUGUUAGCUGAAUGCCAACUAUUUAUAAAUUUCUCCACUGACAUGAAGAUUCAUUUUGCCUUUGAUAUUUUUUCGAUACUGCUAUUUUUGUUACUUGAUUUUACUUAUUGAAUCCUUCAUCUUAGUGUCUUUGUGUGGGAGGUGUGCAAUAGAAACUGAUGUUGACGUGGAAGUGGAACUGAUUUCAUUUAUUUUUUGCUCUGACAUUGUUUCACUAAUGGACAUUUUUCAUGGGACAUGAACCAGCCACUAUAAUGGCAGAUACAAUCCAAAAAUCAUAUUUUUUUCUAUUUCUUGCUUAUGAUGUGAGGGCAAUUUGUGUGUAAUGAGGUAGAAAAAGGAAAAGUACACAAUAAGACCAUACAAUUUUUUUAUUCUCUUUUUCAUUUAACUGACUAGUUAUUUAACUUUGUGCAGGCAGUGAAGCGGCUUAAAUUUACCCAUUUAAUUUGAUUUUUGUCCUUUCUAUGUCCUAUUGCUGUCUUUUUUUUUUUUUGUGCUGCAAAUGGUGUUUUGAAAUUAUGAGGAAAAAGAUCAUGUUGAAUUGAGCGCAAAACCUAUUUUAUAUUUUAAAUAAGGGAUACACUGUUGAUACUGUGCAAAAUUACUGUGACUGGAUUGGGCCAAGUCAUCAUAAUGAAUCUCUCUCUUCAGUAUGGUUUGAAUUUGCAUUUUAGAAUUGCACAUCAUGGUGACAAGCAGAUAUUUUUUAGUUUAUGCAAAGUACCAUGACGAUAGUGUGCAGAUGUAGCUAAAACUGUGCUUUCUGUCAUUGGGUAUUCAGUUCAAGGCACCCUCAUCCUUCAAUACCGGCACUAUUUUUAAACACCCUGCCUAAUUUGACCAUGAUUAGAUUUUAGUGCUCUCAGGACUGUAGGCAAACAAUCUGGUUUUGAAUUACGUACCACAAAGGAAACCAGAGCCCCUUCCUCCAUUUGAAUUUUUCCUUCAUUUUCCUACCUUCAUUUUUUCCUAGAGACUAUGCAUUGGUAUUGGAAUACAUUCUGUGAAAAAGACUUGGUUCACUCAGUUCACUGUGAAACACAUUCUUCUUCCUGCAUGCUGUCAAGUUCUCAGCCUUGGUCCCUGUAGCCUAUUCUCGUCAGUCUUGACAAGCGAGGAGUUUGUCUGCCAUCUCGGAGCUCUUAUCUGCCUCACUGAGCCAUUGGGCCUUCACACACCACUGCUGUGUCUCCAUUAAUUUACUCUGCCAAGCAGUGCAUGACAAAGUAUACUGUUUUGCAUUUCAGUUCAAAUAUGCUCCAGUUCAAACCCCCCUAGGUGUCUUCUUAUAGGAACAGGAACACAGAAAUGCCCCCCAAACCUGUCUGAUCCAUCUAAAUCACGAGUGCACACUGUAUGAUUUAUAAUAGUACUUUCUUACUGUUGCUUGUCAGAGUGUACGAAUAUGAUUCCUGCUGUAAGCCGCGUCACACAGUAGGAUCUCUGCUGUCGUUAAUGUCAAACUGCGCGGCAGUUCAAGACGUGUUAAAACGGAUGCACACAAAAAGACUCGUCCAGAGUUUUACAUCAUCAAUCCGUUACAUGUUUAGUGACAUGAGCUGCAUUUACAUGUGGGAUUGAAAUGGCGACUAGCAAACAAUCUCUAGUGUUAGAAUUGAUCAUCAUAGCUUUUCUUAAAGAAAACACCGGAAGAAACGUGUGUGGAGCAAGUGGUGGUUGUUUCUUGUCUCACUUAUUGGGUCAUGAGGUUCUGCGCUCCUGUUUUUUUAUUUGAUGGUUUUCAUAGGAGAAGCCACACUGCUUGACUGCACCUCAAAACUUCUGACUCUGCCUGAAUUUUGUAAGAUUUGAUCGCAAAUGCUGUCAGCGGACAUUUGAAACUAGCUAUCAGAGGAAUAUUUAUGGAUACACAAAAUUUUAAAUCAUGCAGUUUAUUAUGGCUGUUAUGAACAACCAAUUCAGUCCCAUUGCUUUCAGCUGCUGCUUGUAUUUGUCAUACCAUGACACGCUGACUGUUUUAUUCUGUCUCUUUCUGCUGACAGUGUUUUUGUCUGACACUGUAGCUUGAUUAUGCCCAGAGGAAACGAUUAGGUAAGCAACACCUAGUAAACAGGUGUCAGUGAGUUGACAGAGUGCUGAUAAAUCAGACAAAUUCUAGUCUACAAGGGCAGGAUUUGGCCAAAUUUUUAAUUGAAGAAUUGGUAUGCCUUUAAUUUGGUUUGAAUUGACCACAUGACACAGCAUAUUGAAUUGAAAUGACAUGGAGGAAUUCAACACAGAAAUUUACAGUUUACAGUACAUGCUCUGGCGAAAUUAACUAGUGACUAUUUUCAUUGCUAAACAGAUCCUUUUAGAUCUUCUUCCAUUAUUUCUUGUAACAUGUAGUUUACCAUUUCAAAAAACUGCCAGAUCCCCAUACCCCAUCCCCGCAUGAGUAAAUGUAUAAAAUGUAUUAUAAGCGAAAAAGUAAUGCCAGGGUUGCCUUUUGGUACAAUAACCGUCUUCCGAGUCAAUGUAGCACCUAUCAACGGAAAGAAAAUGAAGCACUUGGAAGUCUUGUAAAUGUUUUGUUUUGCUCUGUGUUAUAUCUGUUUGCGCAAGUGUGUGGACACGAGAUGUGAAUCUGUGUGUGUUUGCUGUGUGCUAAACUUGUUGAGACACGAGAGUAAUGUGAGUUCAACCUUCCAUCGACCAUUUCUAUCAAGAAUCCCAACCUCAGGCCUGUUAAAUGUCCAUUGGCACAACUCGAGCUUCGCUGUUAGCUUGCAUUUGUCAAUGCCAUGAGCCACUGCUGUAUGCCUUCUUUAACCUAGAUUUGCUCUUCCAGACAUUGAGGGAAAUUUCACCUCUUUGUACAUUCAAUCAUACCUUUCACUGUAGAAACAAAUACCAGAAUCACCUGGCAACACUGAAUGAAUCAUAGACAUCACAGAUUGGGUGAAUUGCUUUUGGCUGUCCACAUCUUGAGAAUCUCAGUGUAAGAAACCUGAAUUUGUUCAUAAAAAGUGUGCAAAGCGUUGAAACUGGAUACUAUAUAUGACCAGUGUUUCCUGUGUUGAAUAAUCUUAUAUACAAUAUAUGGUUUGCACAUAGAAAUUAACUAAAUGUAAAGUUUUGUGUAAAAUUAGUUUGUAAAUUUGUGAAUUGAUUCUUUCUGUGACUUUAUUCAUGUAUGUAAUGCUUGUUCUUUUUUUUUUUAAUUGUUAUUAUUAUCUCAUUUGUGUGCCAAAUAUUGAAAUGAAGGUUGGCAUCUUUAAUAUUGACAAAAAGAAGUGCCCUCUAGGACAAAACAUGUUUGAACUGCUCAGUUAUCAGUGUCUUACCUUGUUCCCCGGCGAUAUGAUGUUGUCAUACUCUGUUACUGUAACUUUACACUUUACCUGCAGAUUUUCUUACCUAAACUGCUAAAUUGCUCAUUGAAGAUGUUAUAUUUUCACAUUUUUGUUUGAUCAUGGCAAUUUUAUCAGUGACUCUUUGGAUAGAGAUUUAGAGAGCUCCCUCAAGGGUUGAACUUUGAUGUACUUUGAAUGCAUGUUGCUCCAAACUGACCUUCUAGUCUUCUCUCCCCUUCCUACUGACUCAGCCGUUCUCCCCUGUGAGAAUUCAGUGCCCACGCUGCUUCAGAGAGAAGACGGACAUGGCAGCCUGUGUUGGUUUGACCAUAUACUUGUGUGUACUUCAGUUUUUAUCACUGAUAAAUGAUGGGGCUUCAUCCUUUUUCCUGUUUAAAAAUUUACUGUGAGAGACUGUGAUACUGUUGUGAAGCAAAAACGAUUAAAAGUGUUAGACUGAUCCUUGCCGGUAAUGACUAUGAGAAUAACGUACCUCUAAAAAAGAAAAGAUCGGCUUGUUACAGAAUUAUUCAUCGAUAUGAUGUUCUUGCAAAGCUGAAAUGAUUUGUCGAAAUAAAUUUUUUUACAACAAAUUGGCAA